AUCAUCACUAACCCAGCUCAGUCUAGGCUUUGUGGAGAUACCUAAUAGUGUCAUGUCUACCAGAAGAGAUCAAGAUCCAACCAAAGAGAGCCGAGAGAACCCAGUAACCCUUGAAGGAGAGUGGGUACGGGAAGCUGCAGAGAGCGGCAGGGUAGGCCUCGAGUCCAGCCUAGACGGGGCCUCUGCCCCCGCAGUCGAAGAAGUAAUGGCCGUUCAUAGUAUGGAGGUGGAGAAUGUUGGGCCUGAAAGAAACCCAGAGGAAGAGGGUUACAGGGGACAGAGCGUGGAUGGUGAGGAAGACUCGGAUAUUGAACCUGCUGAGGAGGAGGGGGAAGGAGGACAGGAGGAGGAGGAAAACCUUGUAGCAGAUCAAGGUAUGGUGGAUGCCCAUCGAUUUCCAAUGGCUGGCUUCCGAUUUAUGUUUCUGGAUCUGAUCCACACCAUUCUCAACCGUGUCUAUUACAACGACCACGUCCUGAUUAGGCGCCCCUGUGAAAACCGAAUGGUGGAAACAUCUGGCCCUUCUACAUCUGGCCAUUCAAGUGCGGUCCAAAUACCAUCCGGGCCCACUCCAGCGACAGUGCGAGCCACAGAGUAUGAGGAUCAGACCUCAGGCAUGGCCCGAAGCCUACCAGAGGUUAUCUCUACAUUUCCAGAGCUGGAGGAGCCUCCAGACUUCGAGGAAAGGGUAGAUCAGUACCUGCUGGGGCCAGAUCUUUGCAUGCUGGGGCCUGCAGUUAGGGCAGCAGCCGUGGAACCAGGAAUGCAAGCAAUAGAAGAGGGUGCGGCAGAGGCAACAGCAGAAGAUCCAGAAAAGGAAGUCAUACAGCAAAUCAUGGCCUCAGAGGGUGAAUACCAUUAUGAUACCUGGAAUGAAGAGGACAACAUCUUUGAUGAGGAGGAAGAAAAAGAAGAAGAACAGAAAAAUCAAGAUGAACUCAAUGAAGUGGACCCAGAUCCAGCAGACUACAGCACUGGAAAAUCCAGGUUUCUGUGUAAGGAAAAGGGAGCAGAGGGGGAGAGAGAGAGAGAGCGAGAGCAAAUGUUCGGUCACCUUAGCUACGACCUCAGCCCCAACCUCACACCUCAGUCCCCACCCCUCACAUUACUCCGCACGUCUCACGCCAGCAUCCACCCCUCAUCUCAGCUUCCCAGGAACCUCAGCCCUCAUCCAUCACCCAGUCUCCUCCCAUUUUUGCCCACCACCCCUUGCCACACAGCCCCACCUUUUAUCUCUGACCUCAGGGUCUCCACUUCACUCUCACCCCUCUCCUCAGACCUCCUCUCUAGCCUGCUUUCACUCAGCCUCUACACCUCUUCUCCACCCACACCCUUUCACCUCAGCCCCUACCCCUAA